AUGCAGGUCCCUUUUGUGGAAUUCGUAUGUGGGAAUUUGGAUCCUAGUCCAUGGCACGAUGGAGUUGUUGGUGUUUGCUGGUUUGAAAUAUACGUUUAUAUCCCUUUGACUUUAUUGUGUACAAUCAUCUCAUUCAUUUAUUGCGUUGUCCUGUGGCGGCACUUAGCAUUUGACAGUUUUUAUUGUUCAGUCUUCUAUUUUCGAGUGGCCAUAGAUAUAACAAUCGUUACCAGCAGUGGUUUGAUUAUCGUUCUCGGGCUUCUUCUUCCAUACUACGAGGAGGGGUUUUCUAUUAACUCUCGUUUUUUUGCAAUUCACAGUUUCAUAACAGUAAUACUCUGGAUUACAACACUAAUCCUUGAUUAUCUCCAUGGUAAAGCCCUCAAAUAUUCUUCAAGGGGUUCUCGGAUUCAUCUUUCGUUUUCAAUAGUAUACUUUUUUUGCUUAGCCAUAAACUGCUGGUCUUUUCGUAGAGAAGUGGAUGCGCUAUGGAGACCAUAUGUUAUUGUUAAUUGCUAUAUUCAAUUACUCUUGUUAUGUCUGCAUUUACUUUCCAAGGUCCCAGUGUUCUACCCCUCGGAAGAGCCUAGGCGCAGAAGGGCUAGAAUCUUAAGACAAAAUUCCAAUAGCAUCCAGUUGUCUACAAGUUAUCAGUCAAAUGAAAUUACACAGAGACCCACUUCGCAAAAUGUUAAUGACCGUGAAGAUUCGGCUUCAUGGUUUUCAAAGUUAUGUUUUUGUUGGGUUAAUAACCUAGUGCGUAGUGGUUAUUACGGAGAAUUGUAUUCACUCACAAAUCUACCUUUGGUCCCUAAACGUCUGAAUACAUACACUUUGGAGUCAAAAGUCCCUAAAUUAAAGUUGAAAUCUGUAACUAUUGAUGAAACAAUUAGACAAAGUCACGAUAUUUCUAACAAAGGGUGUUCUAUCAAAGCUUGUGUUCCAUUUUUAAAAGCAAGUUAUGAAGCGUUCGGUCGUGAAUUCCUGUAUCUCGGUUUGCUCAAACUUUUACUUAGUGGCUUCGGUUUAUGUGGUCCAAUAGUUUUAAAUCAUUUCAUUCUAAACGUGACGAACUCCGAAACUCCCUCAUGGUCUUGCAUUCUUGUUGGAUUCGGACUAGUUUUUUUGUCAUUGAAGAUAGCAGUUUUGAGCACAUCCUACAACUACAAAAUGGCAAGUUUCGGCUUCAAAGUUAGAGUCAGUGUAACUGGGAUGGUUUACAGGAAAAUUUUAUCCCUUAAAACUUCGUCACUUAAUUGUAUUGGAACAGGAUGUUUGGUUAAUUAUCUGACCUCUGAUGCUGAUAGAAUAGUCAAUUUCGCACCUAGUAUUCACGAAGUGUGGGCAAUGCCUCUGCAGUUAUCUGUUGCAGUCGGACUACUUUACCACCAACUCGGGCUAGCCUGUUUAGUAGGCAUUGGGUUUCUACUUGUGUUACUUCCUCUGAAUCGUAUUUUAGCAACAAAAAUCGGGAAGUUUAGUCGCCGUUUGAUGAUAUUUAAGGAUACACGGAUUAAGUUGAUGUCUGAAAUUCUAUCAAAUACGCUUUCAGUGAAACUAGCAUGUUGGGAGAAUUUAAUGAAAAAUCGUGUCAUGCAUUCUCGCAUUCAGGAGUUGAACGCUCUACGUGGUCAAAAGUUGCUGGACGCUUGUUGUGUAUUCUUUUGGGCUGUCUGUCCUGCAUUGUUAGCCAGUUCAACAUUCGCAACUUAUGUGGCUAUCGGUAACGAAUUAAAAGCUUCUGCGGUAUUUUCUAGUCUUGCAUUAUUUGGAAUGUUGAUUGGUCCCAUGAAUGCUUUUCCUUGGGUUAUUAAUGGUGUUAUGGAAGCAACUAUUUCCAUGCAACGUAUUACAAAACUCUUCUAUUUAUCAUCUGGUUCAUUUUCAUUAGAAUUAACUGAUACGCCGCUCUCUGAUGUUGGAAUUCCAACAGAUAUUCCGAUUGUUUGUUCUUUUGCCGAAAAAUCUACUAUCAACAUGCCAGUAAACAUUAUGAAUGAAUCAUUCUAUUAUACUAACUGCGAUAAUUUAGUUUUAAAAAAUAUCACUCUCCAGGUGCAGUGGGGACAAUUAGUCGGUGUAAUUGGACCAGUUGGUUCCGGGAAAUCAUCUUUACUUCUAAGUAUAUUGGGUGAACUACAAUCGGUUGUUUCAGAAGACGAACUUAGAAAUAAAAGUACGAAAACGAAUCCACGACUUCGAUAUGCUUAUGUGGGACAAACUCCUUGGCUUCAUUCUGGAACUAUACGCGAAAAUAUUUUAUUUGGCUCAGAUUGUGAUUUAGCAUGGAUGAAUACUGUAAUUGAAGCGUGUGCCUUAAAAGUUGAUCUGGGUAAACUUCCGAAUGGUUUAGACACAGAUGUUGGUGAAGCUGGUGGAACAGUCUUAGUGGAGGCCGAUGUUUAUCUUUUAGAUGACCCAUUAUCUGCACUUGACGUUGAUGUUGGUCAACAGAUUAUCACCAAUUGUUUACUUGGUCUUUUAUCAGGAAGAACUAGAGUUAUCGUCACACACCAGUUGGAUUGGUUAAUGAACACUAAAAUUGUAAAUAAACGUGCUCAAGUGGAUUUUAUUGUUGAAUUAAAAGAUGGAAUAAUUACUCGAAAAAUUCCAGGUAAUCUUUACCCUGAAAAUGAUGAUAACGAUCAUGUGCAUCAACCCGUUCUUGACAUCAACAGCAGUCCUCCUUAUAAUGAAUCCCAUUAUCCAGUGAUAAUCAUCAUGACAGUAGUGAAAACAAUAAUAAUUCGACGUUGGAAAAUGAUGAUGUUCCAUUAA